ACCAAAGAAGUUAGAUACCCGUAAGGCAGAUUCCUAGCUGAACACAAGCGCAGAUUAAACGUGAGUGGCUUUGAGACAUUAUAGCCUAUAGGAAGGCGUCUCAUGUAGGAAUAAUAUAAAUAGAUCAGAUAUAUCAGAAAUAGUAGUGUGGGCUGUAAAAUCUACUUCUUCAAGUACCUUAGGGUAUUCCAAUCGGAUGCUAUCGACAUUAUCAUUUAUGAAGGCGGGAUAGAGAAGUAUCGGCUUGACUUGAUAGAUAUUUGUGUCGAGCGCGAUACGAUGGCAAACCAACAGGUUUACCAAUACCUUCCGGCAGGGUCUAUACGUUUAUUAUCAAUUGUCCCAGGGUUUGCAUCCGAAGCCAUCAACUGUAGUCUAGUCGUAGUCGCCGAUGUAGAACAGGCGCCGACGUUUGAUGCGAUAUCAUACGUCUGGGGUACCGAGCUAUCCGAAGAACCCAUCAUGUGCAAUGGCCAGAGGAUGACAGUCACAAAGAACUUGAUCGAGGCCAUGAGUUAUCUCCGUCCGCUUCCACGUUGGGAGUCGGUCAUCACUUGGCCAGAAAAUCACCCUCUUCAUUCGAGUCGCAACGUUUGGCGAGAGUUUGCUUCUAACCGGCAAGAAGAGCGAGAGCAUUCCGACUUUCAGCAGGAAAGGCCUAUCUGGAUCGAUGCGCUCUGCAUCAACCAAAAGGAUAAUGCCGAGAAGUCGCUCCAUGUGAAGUCGAUAGACAGAGUCUAUGCCAACGCCCAUACGGUCAAGAUAUGGCUAGGUAAAUUACCAAAUACCGCACAUCCGACUAAUCGGCCACCUCCGGAAUUGCAACUACUAAGAGGGGUACCCGUGUUCUUAACGCAGCGGAGCAAGCCCAUCGGUCAGCGCGGGAAGAUGCCGGUCGUCCUCACGAUGAUCGCACAGGCAUUGAGGAACGUCCAGGCCGGAGAGACUUACCCUACGGCAUCAAAAUCUGCUGCAGAUGCCGUCUACCGAAAUUUAGUGCACGGCUUUCCUAACGCGUCGGCUGAGGAUUGGCAGUGCCUCCGCGAGUUCUUCGACAACCUAUGGUUCCAACGUGUUUGGGUUGUGCAGGAGGUCGUUCUAGCGCCACGAGCGAUAGCUAUCUUAGGAGACUGGGAGGUUCAAUGGACAGCCUUGGGGCAAGCGGCCACGUGGUUUCAGACACAUGGCUUUGCGUUGCCCACUAACGUUGAAUUUAAGGGAGAGCUCGGAGACCUUCUGCCAAUAUCCGAAGUAGCCGCGAUGUGGCAUAUGCAUAUGACGCCGGGGAAGAGACGGCCCUUGCUUCAGAUGCUACGGGACCUUCGAGGGAGGAAAGCAACUCUCAAAGAAGACAAGAUAUAUGCAACCUACAGUUUAGCAGAAGAGACUGCAAAUACAGACAAGCUUGACCCGCUAAUCGAACCAGUCUACGGUAAUCCCAUCAAUGAAGUUUAUCAGAAUGUGAUUCGCUUCCUCGUGAUAGAACACGGGGAGCUUUCUGCAUUAUCUCAUGCCGGUGGAAUCCAAGGGUUGAAAACCACAGCGUGGCCAUCUUGGGUACCUGACUGGAGUCAGCCAAAAGCAUGCGUUGAGUUGGUUAGCCAUAACCAGGAUAAUCCACCAUACAACGCAAACAGUAACGAACAUCUGACUAUUGGCGAUUCUACCGACCCAGGAUGCCUUUCCGUCAAGGGAAUCAGGGUUCCCCUAGGUGGAAUAAGAGUCUACGGGGAUAAACUUGUAAGCUACGGAUUUCGACACAAGACGUAUAAAGAAGAACGUGAUUUCGUUGGGGCGGCCUGGAGUUUGAUAGCACAUUGGGCCGACAAGGUGAAUAAUCCGGAAGAGAUGAGGCCAGAUAUGUAUCGGCCAAAGAAUAUACCACACACAUUUGUUUCAACGCUCACGGCAGGUCUCAGCGAUGAAAAACAGCCGAUCAACGAAGACCCUGGCUUCCUCGAUGAUGCAGCACAAUGGCUACUUCAGCAGUUUGGGAAGCGAAUACCAGUCUCAGGAAUCGGUCAAAAAUGGAAUUGGUCAGAUACUCUUUGGAAGUCCUCGAGUUCGAUCCGGUUCCACGAGGCCUUUACAAGGGUUUGUUUGCAUAGACGAUUUUUCGUCACGGCAGGAAAUUUGAUGGGGAUAGGUCCCGAAACAAUAGAAAGGGAUGAUAUUGUCGUGAUCCUAUUUGGUGGUAAGGUGCCUUAUGUAGUCCGAGAGCUCGGCGAGGGCAAAUAUUGUUUCAUCGGGGAGUGUUAUGUCCCCGGUUUGAUGGCCGGGGAGGCUGUUGAGCAAUGGAAGACGAGCGAAAGCCAAGCGCAGUUUUUCAAUCUUGUGUAGGGAACUCUUAGCAGCCCGUUAGAUGCUCUUGGUAACCCCCGCUCUUCGUAUUCGUUCAAGUAGGUAUACCAACUCGGAUUCCACGAUGCAAUAUCUCAAGUCUAUCGAGAAGGAUCGGUUUCACCGCUUAGAAAUGCUUAUCUUAACACAUCGUUUCUAGAUGAGAGGCUUCCUUUAGUAAAAUACGCGGAACUCCUCUGGGUUAGGAUGUAUUUCUCAAAGUGUGAGAGUACCUUGUGUAUCUAAGGUAAGGUAAGACAACUACCCCGAUACGCUCAUAACUGACAG